AUGUCUUCUAAGACAGAAUCAAGUGAGAAAAAAUUACUCUUGACAAAUUCGUGUUGGAAAAUUGGUUCCAAUUCCCCCCUCCUUGCUGGAAAGGAGCGCUGGGUGCAUGGGCAGAUUCCCCUCUUUCGGGAUAAUGUUUCUCUUCGUACUGCUGCUACGGUCUCCAUUGCUUCUCUCUUGCUGCCUCAACAACAAGGCUGGAAUGUUUCCCGGCUUCAGUCCCUUUUUCAUUCCAGUACGGUUCGUGAUAUACGUACUCUUGAAGUUCCUCGUCUCACAAACCAAGUUGAUCUUUCUAUUUGGCCUUUUACGACAUCGGGCCAUUACACUGCCAAAUCUGGCUACUAUUUCCUUUCUCGACAUACCGACAUCUACAACAUGACUCCCCCUCUCAAUUCGAAGUUUUUCCGGAUUUUAUGGGGGUUACGCAUCAUGCCAAAAUGGAAAAUUUUCCUCUGGAAAUUAUUCCACAAUGGGUUAGCAACAGUUGCUAACCUUUCCUACCGUGGUCUGGCCAUAUCAGAUAGUUGUCCAAGCUGCAACGUCGAACCUGAGACAUCCCAACACCUUUUCCGAUUUUGCUCUAUAGCCACUGCUGCUUGCCAGGAUGGAUAUAAUGGCCUUCGUCUUCCCGUGUUUGUGGCUAUUUUGUGGGCUAUUUGGCAGGGUCGCAAUAACAAGGUCUUCAAUGGAAUAGCACCUGAUAUGCCUCUAAUCCGUUCACUCCAGGACAAAGGCAUUCAGCAGCACUACACCUUUCUGGCUAAUCCUAUUCCUCUGCCUAGAUCUUUGCAUGUGGCACCAGGUCCUCCUGGUUUUCUUUUUGCACAUUUUGGGACAGCCUUUUGCGGGGUACCACAGUUACAUUUACAAGUGGAUGGUUCCUGGAAGAAAUCUUCUCUAUUGGCCGGUAUUGCCUGGGUUGCUGAGCAUGUUACUACUCAAACUACAGAAGUGCAAGGGGGCUGCAUUUAUGCGGAGUCCCCACUGGUUGCUGAAGCACGGGCUUGUCUCGGGGCCUUGAUUUGGGCACAAUCCCGGGGUUAUUGUCAAAUUUUGAUCUACACUGAUUCUGAUGUACUGGUCCGGAGUUUACUUCAUCAAGACACACAACCUAUCUCGAUUGCCUGGACUCUCAAUGACAUUCGCUCCAUUGGACAUCAACUCCAAUGGUGUCGAAUUCUAAAAGUUCAUCGUCAACAAGUCCAGAGGGCGCAUGACCUGGCCAAUCAUGUUCGACUAGGACAUAUUCCCAUGGAUACUAUGUAG